AUGUCUCCUGCAAUGCCUGCUCCGUCUCCAGCUCUGUACCUCCAACAGGCUCGAGACAGCCCUAACAGUAAAGAAUGCAUGUCCAUCUACGAUAAGUGGGCUGCAACAUACAACGACGAAGUUGGCGACGAGGCUCAGGAGUAUGUUGCUCCCGUGCUCGUUGCCCAGACAGCUCUCAAAUACGCGAAAACCAAUGGUCCUGCCAACAGCGUCAUCCUGGAUGCUGGUUGUGGAACUGGACUCGUGGGGCAGGCACUUUCAAUUGCCCGCCCCAAAGCAAUCGAUGGAAUUGACCUAUCUGUCCCUAUGCUUGACAUUGCCAGAGAUACUGGCGUUUAUCGGAAUCUAGAUCAAGCGGAUAUGAACCGACCUAUCGCGAAGCCCGACGAAACCUACGAUACCGUUGUGUGCGUUGGCACAUUUACCCUUGGCCACGUUGGCCCCGAUCCUGCUCUACGCGAACUUGUCCGGGUUACUAAGACGAAUGGUAUUGUUGUUGCUACUAUUCUUGAUGAGAUUUGGGUUUCGGGUGGUUUCAAGGAUGAAGUUGCGAAGUUGAAGGCUGAAGGUGUGGUUGGUGUUACUGAGGAACUUAUAGACUAUGUAAAAGGUCACGGCGACAAGGCGGUUCUGGUUAUCCUCGAGAAGCUCCCUCGUGCUUGA